AUGGACCUAUCUACGGAUGCAACUGAACGCAAAGGCUCCGUGCAUCAUGACACUCAUGCAACGCCACCGCAAUUUAUUCAAAAGGAGCAUUGGCGAUACCAAAGCAUGCGCAAAGCCGACCUAGAGAAUGAUCCAGACAUUUUUGAUCUCAGCAAACGUGAUCAUUUUAGCGAAGAACGGAAAGAUAUAUGGCGCCCCGCAGGUAUCAUCCCAGCUGCUCAAAUCGAGGCUGCUUGCCAGGCUUAUGCAAGGGGUAAAGCACUAUCGGUACCUGCAGAAGACGCACAGAUUUUCGAACACCGGGAUUUCCCUGGUCUUCAGGUCAUCUCUGGCCUUCUUCCACCCGAGACCCAAGUGCUCUUUACUUCAUGUCUGAUGCAUAGGGAUUUGGCCGACCCAGGCCACAAAAUCAACCUUCAGGUGGAUUACGAUAUUCCGUACCCACCGAAGCCUACAUCAGAAGGACUAAGGUUUGACAGCAACUUCUUCCUUCGCGGGCGCGCAGAGGAAGAGGACUUUCUGAUACCAAAGAAUCCUGAUAAACAGAAACCACUCAAUAAUGAGCAAUUUCUCUACACUAAGCUUCGCUGGCUCACGCUAGGGGAACAAUACGACUGGCCGACUCGUAGUUAUGCAAAGCAUGCAACGCCAUUCCCAGAAGACCUCUCAACACUAGUCACUGGUCUUUUCCCACAUAUUCGGCCCGAAUCUGGCGUUGUUCUGAUGUACUCGGCCAAGGACUUUAUGCCUGUACACCGCGACGUUAGCGAGCAAUGCCAACGAGCGCUCGCAAGCUUCAGUGUCGGUUGCGAUGGCAUAUUUCUCAUGGCUAGGGGAGAGGAUGAUGGAGAAGGGGAGGAUGCACCAAGAAGUGUCGCGAUCCGAGUUCACAGUGGUGAUGUUGUGCAUCUCACAGGUAAUGCUCGAUGGGCAUGGCAUGCGAUGGCACGUUCGAUCCCAAGCACAUGCCCAGCACAUCUCGCAAGUUGGCCAGUUGGGACGCCAGGCUCUACUUCAGCUGAGGAGAAGGCCUACAAGAAGUGGAAAGGUUAUAUGGGUACUAAGCGUAUCAAUGUCAGCUGUCGGCAGGUGUGGGAUUAG